AAACAUAUGUUUCAAUCCGUUAACAUUUGUUGUUUCAUAUGUGAUAGGAACAUGUUUCAACGUGUAUCUUCACCAUGUUUCAUAAAAUUUUUAAAUGUUUCAGUUGGUAGUUUUUCGUUUCACCAUAUAACUUGAUGUUUCACUCAUUGGUUAACUGAAACAUUUGAUCGAUCGAUUUUUUUUUGGGGGUAUUGGGCGCUCGAUCGGAAGACUCCUCCAACCUUGUUGAUAACGUAGGUUUCUGUGUCCUGCGAUCUGAGGUACAUAUUUUAAGAUUCAUCUACUGUAGCAUGUGCAUCACACCGCGAGCUCAGUGAAAGUAGAUUUGGAGGUAGCCGAGGUGACAUUUGAAAAAGACCAGCACUUUCUUUAACGACAGCCGAGUGCCGACAGACUUCCUGUCUUCGAUCCGUCCUUCACAUUUUGUUAAUUACUAGAAAGUUAAGGUUUGCUUAUGGAUCCUAACAGCUUAUUUGUGAUAAAAAAUAAUUUAAAAGUAAAACUUUUGUUAGUGAUAAAAAAAUAAUUGAAAAAAAUAAAUUCUUUUUGUAUGUGUUCUUAGCGACUUAUAAUAUUGAAAAAAAACUACAUUGAAAACAUCAAAAUCAACUUUAAAACCAGGGAAAACCAUGAGGCCCUAAGGCAUUCGAUCGAGCAGAGGAAUUUUGUGAAAAUUCACUAAAAUUGGACUGGUUCUCGUGAAAGUUCUAUAAAAUUGCUAUUGUUUAAAGGAAUAUUGGCUCAGGCUAACUUAUAAAUUAUUAAAAAGGAACUCUUUGUGACUGCAUGUAUCUGUUAAAAAAAGAGUAGAGAUGGCUUAGCUUCUAGAGAUUGUGGCAUAGAGAUAUAUAGCUAUAGAACAACACAUGCAGUCAUAGCAGAGUUUCUUUUUGAAUAAUUUGUAAGUUAGUCCAAAUUAAGAUUCUUUUAAAACAUAGCAAUUUUACAAAACUUUCACAAGAACCAGUCCAAUUUCAGUGAGUUUCAACAAAAUUCUUCUGCUCGAAUUCCUGAAGUUUCUUGUAAUUCUCAAAAUGCAGUCUAUAAAUUAAUCAAAUCAGUAGUGUUCUUAGUUCUUGCUUAUCAAAAUUGGAUAAUCAUUUUAUGGCUCUGCUCAUUUGCUUACAUAUGUUGCGACAAUUAAUCAAAUCAGGUUUUCAUCGAACUCUAGUUGGUUUCUUAUAUAGCUAAUUCGUUCAAAAAAAUAGUUAUAUCCAAAAUUUGAAUUUAAAACUUAAUUUUGUAGUUGAAUUUAGGUUUUCUAAGUUAUCGAGGCUAAUUUAGAAAAAUAAAGAUCAAUCAUAAUUUGAAACAAAGUAGGAUAUGUUAUGAAAAUAGAUGCACAACGGAGACACGAAUUUUACGUGGAAAACCCUUACGGGAAAAAUCCACCACGGGCACUGGUCGGCAAUGAUCACUAUAGAAGAGUUAGAUACAAACACAGGGGAUACAUUGGGCUGUCGCACCCUCCCUAUGCGGCUUACAAGGGAUAUAUAUUGUUUCAUUUUUUUGGAUGUCUUAUCAACCUUAUCUCAAUCGAUCAUAUCUAUGAGAUGUAAUAUCUUUCUUAUUGUAAUAAACUACCCUUCUACAGUAUUCAUUAAAAUAUAAUUUAGAAAUAACUGAUAUUUUGGUUAAAAGUUGUAAAAUUAUUCAAUAAAGAAUCCAUAUCAGAUACAACUAGUGAAUUGACCCACACAACUUUGUGUGAGGUUAGAUAAAUUAAUGUAGAAGUGGAUUUGUAUACAACACUUAACAUUUGAUAUAUAAUUGUAAUUUAUAUACAAUAGAAAAACCAGAUUUGGUAUACAACUCUUAACACAUAUUUUCAUAGAUACAAUUGUAUAGAACUCUUAACUUCUGUUUUUAUAGAUGCCAUCAUAUUUUAUAUACAACUAUAUUUACACCGUUAUAAUUUGGAUAUAUCACAAUUGGACGGUUAAUAUCUUUUUCUUUUUAUCUAAUGUGAGAAUUUUUAGUCUUGAGAGCGAGAGUGGCUUCUUUUCUUUGGAAUAAAAAUAAUAAAUUAGCAAUCUGAUUUUCACAUGUGAAAGUUACUCCCGCUGUUUCUAAAUAUAAGUAUUUCUGUGUUAUUUAGCAAAGAUUAAGGUAAACGAGAAAAAAAAACCUUUUAGUUAUCUUAUUGUUCAAAUUUUAAAUUGCUUAGAUUCCUCUUGUAAGCACAUGAUUGCUCAAAAAUGUUUGAAUUCCCGUGCAUUGGAAUCAAUGGCCUGGAAAUGUUGAUGUCCGGUAUAAAUUUUGAGUCAUAUUAAUUUCUAUAUUUGGGAGUAUAUUAACUACUAUGUAUCUUUAAUCCCGAUUAUUUCACUCGGGACCGAAUUCUUGAUCCUAGUUUGCAACCCAGGAUUAUAGGGGGUUGCAAACCGGGAUAAAUAAGGGUUUCUCCACUAGUGGGAGUAUAUGACAAAUACCGUUCCACUUUCAUCUUACCAAUACACUUACCCACUAAAAUGAACUUUGUGAUCGUGAGUUCCUAUGUAUGAUGUAGAAGCUGUUUUUUACAAGCUCCAUAAAAUCGUUUUAAUAAGAAUAUAGAGCUAGUUAAAAUUCUGGCCCAUGCGUAAAGAGUUAGCCGGCCGGCCCAUAUAUAUUGCGUACUUGCAUGCACUGGAAUGACGUAGCACUUCAUACAUCAGAAUAAGAUUCUUUUUUGGAUGCAUCGAAGAUAUCUUUUUUCGAAGGUGGAUGCAGCGACGAUGUCAUUCGAUUCUUGACUAUGACGCUCGCAGCCUUGGCUAUCUAUUCUAUAUAAUUUUCAACUGAUUUAUUUAGCUUGAAGAGAUGUCGUCGGCGAACAGCCUGGUGCUGGGGCGGGUGAUCGGCGACGUGGUGGACCUGUUCUCGCCGGAGGUGACGCUCCGGGUGAUGUACAACGGCGUGCGGGUCGUCAACGGCGAGGACCUCCGGCCGUCGGCGGUGUCGGCGAGGCCCAGCGUCGAGGUCGGAGGGGAUCUCCACCAGUUCUACACGAUCGUGAUGGUGGAUCCAGAUGCUCCAAACCCAAGCAAUCCGACGUUGAGAGAGUACUUACACUGGUUGGUGACAGAUAUUCCUGGAACAACUGAUGCGAACUAUGGGCGCGAGGUGGUGUGCUACGAGAGCCCCCGGCCAGCGGCGGGGAUCCACCGGGUGGCGGUGGUGCUGUUCCGGCAGAUGGCGCGCGGCGGCGUGGACCAGCCGCCGCUGCUCCGCCACAACUUCUCCACCCGCGGCUUCGCCGACGACCACGCCCUCGGCGCCCCCGUCGCCGCCGCCUUCUUCACCUGCAAGCCCGAGGGCGGCACCGGCGGCCGCCGCUUCCGGCCACCGUCACGGCAUAGCUAGCUAUGUAUAUAGCCGGCGUAUCUAUCUAGCUAGCUAGCUCUUGCAGACGGCCGGCCGCCGCCGCUCGCCGGUGACCCUUCCUAAUAAUUAACUAAAGGAAUAACCAGUGGGUUCGAACAGGCCGGUCUAAUAAUGUACUCUCUCUAUCAUGAAAUCAUAAAUCAUAAAAUAUAGUAAGUUAGUAACCUAUAACUAAAUUAAACACAUCGUAACAGUACCAUGGACCUAUAGACAAACUCUAAUUCGAAAUACUAGAAUGUGUAUAAUCUACGGAGUGAGCAGUGGCUUUAUGGAGUAGUACAAAAUAAAAGGAAUGUGAUCUAUUGAUACUUCAA